AAAAGUCAAAACAAAACUGACGUAGCUCAAUUUGUACUUAGGUUAUGUGUUUGUGCCAAGUUUUUCUUUAUUUGUAGUAUAAUUAAAUAUAAAAGAAAUGUUCGAGUUAACGGAUACACAAAAAAUUGGCGUAGGACUAUCCACGUUUGGAAUAGUUUUCAUAUUUUUAGGUGUUCUGCUGUUGUUAGAUAGGAGUCUCUUAGCUUUAGGAAACUUAUUGUUUAUAUCUGGUUUGGUUGCGAUAAUUGGAAGACAACGGACCUUCUUGUUUUUUUUCCAAAGGCACAAAGCAAAGAGAUCUCUGGCGUUUUUCGGUGGAAUUUUAUUAGUAUUACUUAAAUGGCCGCUUAUUGGAAUGUUAUUAGAACUUUACGGGUUCUUUUUGUUGUUUAGUGAUUUCUUUCCUGUUGCUGUAAAUUUUUUAAGACGUAUACCACUUUUGGGGACCAUUCUUAACUUUCCAGGCAUUAGUAUGUUAAUUGAUAAGAUAACUGGAGAUGCAAACAGGACGAGAGUGUAACCAAAUUGGAAGCUAUUUAUUUUUUAAAUCAAAUAUUCAUUUUGUAAAUAAUAGGUGUUCGAUCGGAUUCAAUUAAAAUAUUUUUAAUA